AUGUCGACGGAAAAGGGCAAGCCUGACGUUCUCGUAGAGACGGAGGUUGAGGGCGAGUUCGAGUCGCUCGAGUUCAACGAGGGGGGCGAGAAACGCCGGCAGGGCGGCCCUCAAGGAGGGCGUGCCGGUGCGGGUGGACCUUCCACGGCUCCCGCGGUUGCGGAGAUGGAAGACCUUGGCACUCAGGCAGAUGCCGGCCCUACGGGCCAGGCAGAUGCUCCAAUUGGUCCAGAGGAUGAAGCAUUGAAGGAGCUCGCGGCCGCGGCGACGAAGGUGGCAGGCAUGGCCCAAGGUGUGGCCAGAGAUGUGCAGCAGGCAGCGAAGAAUAUAUCUCAACGCUGGACAACAGCAGUGAACACAGCUGCAGAAGCACAGUCGCCGAUUUCCACCAUCGUGGGUGGCCUGUCAAGCUGGUGGGCUACUCUGGACCCCACUGCAGAGAAUGGUGAACAAGCUGUGGAGGGAGCCACCACUACCAACGAGGGAAUCAACGGUUUGCAGCAGCACUAUGGGCUGUCAGAGAAUGAAGCUCUCUUGGAACAGUUCAAGUGCAAGCUCUUGCAGUCAUACUGCUGCUCGCAGAAUGAUUAUACGCCAGAAAUGCAGAUGGUGUUCCCUAUUGUGCUCAGCAUCUUUGAACAGCACUUCUGCUUCACACCUGAGCAUCGUGGGAAACGAUUGCCUGCGGCCGUUGAACAUGCCAGGGUAACGAAGGUAGUAAGAAAAGACGCAGAAGGCGGCCCCAUCUUGGACAUAGCACUGGCGGAUGGGCACACCGUUCUUUGCGGUGGCUUUGACUCGGAGACUGCUUUGGACAGUGCCCUUGCUCUGAUGGAACACCUCACUGGCCAGUGA